CGACCAAUGAUUCCUCCGUAACAACAGACGUACGGAAUUACUACUGUUUUGACGCCAGUACCUGUUGCUCGUGGCGGGGUUGACUUCUGCGGUGCGGUGCCGCGUCGAGCGGACAGCAACACAUCCGUUCCAAAGCAAGCCGAGUAGUUCCCCGCCUCUCUAAAGAAAAGAUGACGGCCAUCGCUGCCCUCCAGGCAGCCGCAAUGCCCGAACUCUACGACUCUAUGCCUGCCGAUCCAAAGAUAAACGUCUUAUACGUGGCUCCGGGCCACGACAUCAUCAGCCCAGAGCAGGUAGAGGCGUCUAAGCUGAAAGUUAUAACUGUAGGAGCCGGCACACAGCUCGCGAAGAUUUCCCCGUCGAUGCUUGUCAAGUACGGCUCUCAUGCGUCCCUCAUCGAAGCAAAGACCAUGUCAUUCGUGCGAGAGCGCACAUCAAUACCCGUCCCAAGAUUAUAUGCAGCAUAUGCGUACGGGCCAUUGGACCGAGACGUCGACGAUUUUGGAAGUGUCUAUGAUACGUAUAUCUUCAUGGAGUUUAUUGAAGGCGAGGACUUGGAGAAAUCAUGGGGGAGAUAUAAUACCAUUGAGAAGCAGCAGCUUUCGGUAGACUUGAAGAAGUACUUGGCAGAACUUCGCUCUAUUCCGCCGGCCAAUUACAUAGGAUCUGUAAAUGGUGGACCGGUCACUGAUAUCAUAUUGGAGUGGUCUACCACUUCGAGAGGACCGUUCAACAGCGAAGAAGAUUUCAACGCUACGAUUGCCGACACCUUCGUGGCAAAGUCAAAAGGCCAUGUUGGCCCUUAUAUUCGUGGCAUGCUUGAUUCACAUAAGCAUAGCAUUGUCUUCACUCAUGGCGACCUUAGGCCUGCUAACAUCAUCGUCAAGGACGGUCGCGUGGCGGCAAUCAUCGACUGGGAAAUGGCAGGGUGGUACCCGGAAUACUGGGAAUUUGCGAAAGCAUUCUAUCUUGAAGCAUUUUCUACUGAUUGGGCAAACCAUCUACUGGAUAUUCUCACUCCUUACCAUUGUGAAGAGUUGAUGCAUUCAAAGUUGAUGAGUGUAUUGUGGUAG